CUUGGUCGGUUUGUUGACGGAAGGAUCUUAAGAUGGUUGCACGACUGGCACUUAAUCAACGGGGGGUGGACAUGAACCAGGGAUUGGCUGGGAGAUGCAGCAGUUGUGCUUGGAUAUGACCAAGGGAGUUGCUUUAGAUCCCUUCAAGGAUGGGAAACUACACACACUCUUCAAGGUUGAACUGACCAGCACCGAUCAACAAUCAACCAGACCACUAGAGAGUCUCAAAUCAAAGAACAUCAACCAAUUGAAGACUGACCUACUACCACUCUGGAUCCUGGAACUUGUCGAUCGAUAUGGGAUCCAUCAAUUGGGUCUGAGUCUAGCCAGAGGCAGAUGGGAGUACGAUCGAUGGACAGAGCCGAUUCCUGAAGACUGGCAGGGUUAUCCAAGAGGCUCAGAGUGGGACGUGACCGCCGCCAGCUUUUCAGAAGGAUUGUUUCAGCAAGCACUGCCAGAAUGGUCGUCUUCCAUUCCCUUGUUCCCCUCUUCCUUCUGGACAGGCAUUAUCAUACUAUCUUUGGGCUAA